AUUUGUAGUUUUUAUUUCCACUCUGACUCAUUCAUUAAAACACAAUUUCUGACUCGAGAGGACUCUAUCUCCCAGAGUACUUCAGUGACUUCCUCUUGUAAAGGAUGGGCCGUUUGUGCUUUCUUUGACUGGAAAUUCGGUAAGGGAUGUGAGUGGCCGGGAUGGUGCAUAGCUUCCUGAUCCACACCCUGUGCCCGGGCAGCGCUGGUUCUGCCUCAGUGUGCAGGGUUCUGUACUCGCGGGCCUUCUACUCCGAGCCCCUGGUUCAGCUCCCUGCUGGGCUGGUCCCAGGCGCAGAGAGGCUGCUGCAGAAGGAACAGGUGGCAGUGGUGGCCAGGCAGGUGAAGUCGGCAUGCACUCUGUCCCGUCAAGCAGCAGGGAAGCACUCCCCCGAAUCCUGCCCCCCUCCUUCAGAUGAGGCGGCAGCCGUGCAGGAGGCUGACUGUGGGAUGUUCCGACUGGGGGCGGGAGAGCCCUUCCAGGGGGAGAAGACGGUGCUGUGGCUGGGAGUGCUGUCCCUGGGGUUCAGCCUAGUCUGCGAGCCCCACGAGAACCUCCUGCUGGCCGAGAGCAGCCUGCGCACCCUCACCCAGCACUGCCUGGACCACCUGCGCCUCCUGGGGCCCCCCGGCACUGACGUCCUGCUCAAGGCAGACCGCAUAGAAGCGCUGCUCGACAGGUUCCUGCCACAUGGACAGCUGCUCUUUGCCAACCACCGCUUCAUCCACAGCCUGGACAAGGAGCUUGCUGCCUCCAUGGCUAAGUGAGACAGCCCAGAAGCAGGGAGGAAUGCUGUUGAGUAACUGCUUGUGAAAUGUUUCCCUGCCCGUUGUUAAUAUGUUUAGAAAUGCAGUCCAGGUGCCACACUGGAAGGUGGUGUUCAGAUACUGCCUGAUUUUGUGCGUGUUAACUGUAAACUUGUCUAACCCAAAAGUCACUGCGACGCCUGAAGCCAGUACGGUUAGCAGUGGGAUUAUUCCUCAAUCAAGUUGGGGCAUUGCUUGUGACGGAAUUGUACUACUCACUACCCACUCUGACGUGGGAAUGAUCUCUUGUCUCCAUCUGUGUAUUUAAGUGCUGCAGUUAACUCUGGGGCUUUCAUAGCAUCCUUCCUUCUUUGUGCUUGUAUGUAAAUAAGUCUGGUCAGAACAGACAGCAUGUGAUUGGAACAUCUGCCUGAUACCCAGUCCAGCACUUAUGUUACCUGAUGUGACUGCCUUGUAAGGAGGGCUGACCAAGGGCAAAAUCCAUUACUGUGACCAGGCCUUUUAUUAGGAUUUCUUCUAGGCACCUAUUCACUUCUUGUAGGUCACAUAUGCUAAUUUCUGCAACACCAUGAGAGUGAAUAUGACCUACAGCACUGGAAGUGAUUAGGUACCUGAAAGCAGCAGCAUUGUUGAUUCUAUAGCAUACCAGAAUCUUCAUAAUAUAUAUAAAAAAAAAAGAUCAAGAACCAAGAAUUCUGUAAUGCAAGAAAGGUAACGUUGCUUUAGUGCCAAUAAGUGGUAAGAACGUGGAUUUUAAUAAAGCCUUGGUUAACACUCAUUUAAACAUGGCUGUGAUAGAAAAGAGCUGUCAGUCUUGUGAAAAAUGGAUGCACAUGAAAAAAAUGUAAGUGUUAAUUAGUGUCAGUCAUGUCAAUAUGCCCCCGGGUCCUGAUACACUGAAUACAUUCUAAUAAAGACUGAUAAAGAAUAUCA